AUGUCCGACAAGAAUUCAUCGCGGUUCACACCGCAGAACAAGACGACUAAUGAACGACUCUCCACGCACACGGUCGGCCUCGUCGCGCUAUCCGACUUCCGCAAGCGCCGUGCCGAAGUCCUCGAGCAGCAGGAGCGCGAAGCCCACGAGGCUGCGUUCUCAGGCACGUCCACACCGGAUCGUUCCGUGACAGACACUCCUGACAACGCUGGCAGUGACGCGGGAGACGGAGCACGUCCCGUGAAGAAGAAGAAGAAGAAGAAGCAGGGCAAGAAGCUGCUCUCGUUUGACGACGAGGAAGAAGACGGGCAGGACGCGCCAUCACCGAGACCGACCUCGAAGCUGAGAGACACCGCCGCCGACGGGAGCGACAGCGAAACCAAAGGCAAGGCGAAGUUCAAGGCCAAUGCCGCUGUGGGAAUUGUGCCAAAGUCCAUGACGAAGGCAGCGCUGCGAAAAGAAGCCGACGAGCGAGACACAUUGCGCCGCGAGUUCCUGGCCCUCCAGGAGGCCGUCAAAGCGACCGAGAUUGCGAUACCGUUUGUUUUCUACGAUGGCACAAACAUCCCCGGCGGCACGGUCCGAGUUAAGAAGGGCGACUACACAUGGGUGUUCUUGGACAAGAGCAGGAAGGUCGGCGCGGAACUUGGAGUUGGAGAAAAGGCCAACGCCCGUAGGGAAUGGGCGAGAGUAGGCGUUGACGACUUGAUGUUUGUCCGUGGAACGGUGAUCAUACCACACCAUUACGACUUCUACUUCUUUGCCAUGAACAAGGCCCUCGGCCCAGGUGGCCAGCCGCUGUUCGAGUACAGCGCAGAUCCCCCGAAAAAUCGAGCACCGACCGACCCUGCUGCCAGUCCUCUCACCACUCCCGCCUCCAAAGCUGCUGCCCUCCGAGCUCUCCCCGACAUCAACACCCUCGAGGGCGCGACUGAUGACCCGAAUCUGACCAAGGUGGUUGACCGGAGGUGGUUCGAGAAGAACAAACACAUAUAUCCGGCUAGUGUGUGGCAGGAAUUCGACCCGGAGAAGGAUUAUUCCUCAGAGGUCCGGAAGGAUGCUGGUGGAAACACUUUUUUCUUCUCGCGAUGA